AUGUCAGACCCUAGCUAUCGGAUCUUCCUCAGAAAGAUCCAAAUACGUGUAAAGCCUGCAGCCCAUGUCGCUAAUCCAAUCCACAACAUGCCCAUGUCCAUAACCAUCUCGCUCGAAGCAAGCGAUUCAAUCUUGGGGCAGAAGGACAUCAGGACGUGGAGGGAUUUAGACUGGAAGUUUCGACCGCCAGUCGAAAUCCAUGCGGAUAGCGAAGUCUCGAUUGUCAUUAGCCCAGCCUUGUCCGCGGCCACGCAAUCUGACAAACAGGUCCUGGCUACGGUGUCGUUCGCAGAUGUACUCGCGCUUCCUCGACGGAAUUCGCGCAGGGUGCACUUGCAGCUAGAGCACCAGCUCGCGACGAUCAGGAUCUCCUUCACUGUUGCAGUCAACCAGGAAACCUCUGUGCCCCUCUGGGACUCGCUGAAACGUCGGUUCUUGCGUCAUUUCAGAGCUCUGUUCGGUGUCGAUGAAAGGUUAGACUUUGCUCCCGUCACGGCCCCGCCUGCGUCGGAUCUGGAGAUACCAGAGCAGCAGCCAGUUCCGCCUGCAAGGCCUGGUUGGUUCAGGCCUCCAGUAGGUGGACAUGUGCGCCCUCCUCCAAAUCAACUUCACGGAGAAUUCAUACCGCAAGAAAGCCAUAUUCAUAGCGAGGAUGAUUUCAACGCAGUACCGGUGGAUAGCGCAAAAAUCCAGUAUACGAUGGUAGGAACCAAGCGGCCUAAGCCCCGAUGA